CGCAAGAAGAGCAACAAAAUAACAGUGACAGCAAGGCAGCAGCAGCAGCAGCAGCAGCAGCAGACGACAGAGAGACAGCAGCCUGCCUGGGGGACUUUCUGCACAGAGGCUGAAAUGUUCAAACCGUGGUGUCUCUGCAUAUGCCUGCUCUCAUUGGCGCCCCAUUUCUCUGCAUGCGAUGAAUCAUGCACCUUGCAGCACAUCACUGGUGAUGAUGCCAAAUUUUGCAGUGAUGACCUCCAUGUUGUAUAUCCAGAAAUAGGCGAUGUCUCAUGCCUGCGCAUUCCCUCAUGUCUUAACUAUACCCAGAGCCUGGCAAAGGUCUGGGGUCCUCCGGUGAUCAAGUACUCCAAGGCCGAGAAGGAUAAGGCUUAUCUUCUGAUGAUGGUGGAUCCAGACGCCCCCAGCAGAGCCAAUGCAAUACGCAAGUACUGGAGACAUUGGUUGGUCCCUGAUGUACAGGGUCAGGAUCUCAUAACUGGAACGAGUCUAAGGGGAAGAGUUUUAACAGCUUACAGUGCUCCGUCACCCCCUGCAAAUACUGGGAGUCACAGAUACCAAGUUCUACUCUACCUGCAGCCUCCAGAGUCUAGUCCCUCACUCCUCCUCACAGAGAAUUCUCUGGGUUCCUGGGAUAUUGAUGCAUUUGCAUCACGCAACAGGCUAGAUGGCCCUGUGGUCACCACUCAGUUCAUGGCCCAGAAUCCUCGCCAAAAGGCUCUUUCAAAUUAGAAGAGGCCAGCAGGUCUUCCAUGGCCCCUAACAGCACUGGUGGCUCCACAUGGCUUAUUCCUCAGAACACUGAGUGAUUAUCUAACCCCAGACCUGCCUCCUCCUUGCUACAAAGAUUAGACCAUAGGGUAAUAUACUCACUGCUGUGUACAUUCACUGUUCCUUACAUCUUGUAACGUACCAACCUGUCUGCCAUGUACCGCUCUGAGCAUACACACUUGAAUGCGAUACUAAUAUGUGACUGUUGUCUGUAUAUGUUGUGGCACUUUAUACAGCGCUGAGCAUUUAUACAUGAAUUAAAAUGUUGUUAUCAUUG